AUGCAAAACCUGCAAAACCUGCACUCCGCCACACGCCUCAUCCGGAUCUCAUGCCAUCACUGGGUCGUGAGGCUGGUGACGUGGCACUCGAGUCCGGCGAAGCGGGUCUCGGGUGGCUCAGUGCCAACGGAGCGCGGCUUUCGGUUGCAAUUUAUGAGUCUGUGCCACUCACAGAUACCCUUGCACCCGUUUGCUUCUGUGGCUUGCUCCCGGUCUUGGGGAAUCGCAGAUCUCUGGGUUUUGCACGGUCGCCAGUCUACAUCCAUCGCCAUGUCACCGGAGCGAGCCCGAGCAAUGAUGAAGUCACCCGGGGUCUUCGCUCGCUUCCAGGACUGGAACCAACGACGAGCCCACCUGUGGCCCCUGUUCCCCCUCCAAUCGUAG